CACAGCGCAUGGGCGGGGCGGCUGCGGCUGCCAAGCGGCUGAAGUGGCUGAGGUGGCCGCUGGGGCUCAGGCAGCGGGUGCGGCCAGGAUGGCGAAAAGCAGCAGAGAGAAUGGGCCGCGCGCUCCCGCGGCCGAGGGAAGCCUGUCGGGGACUCGGGAGAGUCUGGCUCAGGGCCCCGACGCCGCAACCGCCGACGAGCUCAGCUCUCUAGGCUCCGACUCCGAGGCCAACGGCUUCGCCGAGCGCCGCAUCGACAAGUUUGGUUUCAUCGUGGGCUCGCAGGGCACCGAGGGCGCGCUGGAAGAAGUCCCCCUGGAGGUGCUGAGGCAGAGAGAGUCCAAGUGGCUAGACAUGCUCAACAACUGGGACAAAUGGAUGGCGAAGAAGCACAAAAAGAUCCGCCUCCGGUGCCAGAAGGGCAUUCCACCUUCUCUGCGGGGCCGUGCGUGGCAGUACUUGUCAGGAGGCAAGGUUAAGCUACAGCAGAACCCUGGGAAGUUUGACGAGUUAGACAUGUCUCCUGGGGACCCCAAGUGGCUGGACGUGAUUGAGCGUGACCUACACCGGCAGUUCCCUUUCCAUGAGAUGUUUGUGUCCCGGGGGGGUCACGGCCAGCAGGACCUGUUCCGUGUGCUGAAGGCCUACACACUGUAUAGGCCUGAGGAGGGCUACUGCCAGGCCCAGGCGCCCAUCGCUGCUGUCCUGCUCAUGCACAUGCCCGCAGAGCAAGCCUUCUGGUGUCUGGUGCAGAUCUGUGAGAAGUACCUUCCUGGCUACUACAGUGAGAAACUGGAGGCGAUCCAACUGGAUGGGGAGAUCCUCUUCUCACUGCUACAGAAGGUAUCACCAGUGGCCCACAAGCACCUCAGCCGACAGAAGAUCGACCCACUGCUCUACAUGACAGAGUGGUUCAUGUGUGCCUUCUCACGCACCUUGCCCUGGAGCUCUGUGUUGCGAGUCUGGGAUAUGUUCUUCUGUGAAGGAGUCAAGAUCAUCUUCCGGGUGGGGCUGGUGCUGUUGAAGCAUGCGUUGGGCUCCCCGGAGAAGGUCAAAGCCUGCCAGGGCCAAUAUGAGACUAUUGAGAGACUACGGAGCCUCAGCCCCAAGAUCAUGCAGGAGACCUUCCUGGUCCAGGAGGUGGUAGAGUUGCCUGUGACAGAGCGCCAGAUUGAGCGUGAGCACCUCAUCCAGUUGCGGCGCUGGCAGGAGACCCGAGGUGAGCUGGAAUGCCGCUCCCCACCCAGGCUACAUGGUGCCAAGGCCAUCCUGGAUGCAGAACCCGGCCCCUGGCCUGCCCUGCAACCCUCACCAUCUAUCCGCCUGGUCCCAGAUGCCCCCUUCCCUGGCUCCAAACCCAAGCCCAAGCCACCCAAGCAGGCCCAAAAGGAGCAGCAGAAGAGGACAAAGGCCAGUGGGCAGCUGGACAAGACCCCAGCCCCAAAUCAAACCAUGAUGGUGGCCGCUGCAGGAGAUGCAUGUCCCCCACAGGCUGUGUCCCCAAAGGACCCGGCACUGCAGGACCCAGUAGCCCAGGACCCAGCCCCUCAAGACUUGGCUCCCCAGGACUCAGCCCACCACCACUCCCAGGAGAGCCUGACAUCCCAAGAGAGUGAGGACACCUACUUGUAACCCCGGCAGCUCAGGCCUCUGGGAUGGGGUCUCCAUAUACCUACGUGAUUCUUGGGUUGACAUUCUAGGCCCACUCUCUGAGGGCCCAACUGCCUGGCUGCUGUGCUGGGAUAGAGUCUGGCUGGCCCAGCACAGAUUCUAUUUGAGCCUCUUUAUUUAUUUUCUCUAGAAUGGAACUCACGUGGGCCUGGACAGGGCAGGCAGACACCAGGGCCAAGUGGGUGAUGCCUCACUCAGCCGCCGCCUCCUAGGGGGAUGCUCCCCAGGAAGAGGGCACUGGCAUGAAGGGAGUGGGUGGGGUGCUCUUUUGUGUAAAAUAGAAACAUGGUUUUGUACAGAAAUAAACAGGCUUGUGUAGA